UUUUUCUCGCUGACAAAGGCAAAUGAAGCCAUGUUUUUGCUUACAAACAAGUAAGAUCUUUCCGCCCCGCAGCCGGAGCUGUGCGCCGGUGCGCUGCAGGAGAGAGGCCGCGCGGAACCCCUUCGCUCGCACGCGCUUAUCUGUCAACAUCUGGACGUUUAUAACCGGAUAGAUCGUCGUUUUUAAAAAACCUUUGCUCGGGAUAUCUUUUGGCGAACUACUUGACGGCGAGACGCAACUCCAAACGCGGCGCGGACGCUGCGCCGAGCAGGACACGUAUAGCUGGAUUCAGAAAAUGAGUUUCGGGGCGAGCUGGUGAACCAGCGGUGGACACGAGGCGAGAGGAGUAGCAGCCGCUGUCAGGCCUCCCAGAGACUGCAAAGCCGUCGACCAAUCAUGAUGAGUGUUGAGGGUGAUGACAAGCGAACUCGCACUCGGUCCAAAGGCAUCAGAGUUCCUAUUGAGCUCAUAGGACAAGAGCUGAGCUGUCCCACCCCCGGAUGCAAUGGCUCCGGCCAUAUCAGUGGGAGAUACUCACGACACAGAAGAUCGUCUCUCAAUCUCCCUUCUGCGUCUCCCAGCAUUCUGGGAUGCCCAAUAGCGAAAAAGCGGCGUCUGGAGGAAGCUGAGGCAGAACAAGAACACGAAACCGAGCGGGCCGCCUCCAAACGGAAGUCUCACCCCCUGAAACUGGCCUUAGAUGAGGGCUUCAGUACAGAAAGUGAUGCCAGCAGUGAGGCUGAUGGAGAAUUAGAGAAAGAUGGAGUUAAAGCUGGAGAACCUAAGGAGGAUGAGGAGGACAUGGAAGCAGCUGUGGUGAGACAAGCAGAAGAGGAGAGGAGACAAGGCGUGAUACAGAAUGGGCAGAUACAUGGAGAGGAAGAGGAGGCUCAGAAGGAGAUGACUGAAGAAGAUGAGGAGGUGGAGGAGAGAGAACCAGAAGCAGCACAUCAGAAGGAGAAUCCAUUUGCAGCAAAUGCAGAAGAGUGUUUGAUCACUGAGCCUGCAUUCAGCACAGCGCCACCUGCAGCCGAGGAGUCUCAGUCUCCCUCGCAGAGCGCUGAAGAAUUUGCCAACUCUCUCCUCCACCUCGGCCGUGUGUCGCUGUCCAACAUUGUUCCUGACAACAAUGCUCCAAAUGUGGCCGUUGAGCAGCCUGUUGCCAUGGAGACUGAGGAGGAUGUCAGUGUAGCAGCUGAACAGGGUGAAAAAGUGAAAGAAGAACAGGAUGGAGACGUGAAUGAGGGAAGAGGAGAAGAAGAAAAAGAAAAAGAGGUGGCACACACAGUUCAAAUGUCAGGAAAGCCAUCUGUUCUGCAGCAGGAGUUGGAUGAUGUGGAAGAGGAAGAGUUCGAGGAUGAGGAAGAGGUAAACCACGUGAAAAAGAUGAGCCACCGGUAUUUCUCUGAAGACGACCUCCAUCAACAGAUGAAAGAAGAGGAUGGGAUGGCAGCACCAGCCGAGCAGAGGCAGGGAAUUUCAGGAGAGGAGAGGGCUAAAGAGGGCCAUCGUGUUCUGUCCAUUUGUGACAUGCCAACUGCCAUCCGCACCAUCACCAGCACCGCAGCAGCUCAGGGAACACACAUCGAGACUGAAGACCACAGGACCAGUCCUCUGGAGGAUUACGACUCACACAGGGCAAGUCCCACAGAUAACUACAACACCGACAGAGCCAGUCCGCUCCACACUUACAAUAAACCCCAUCCAAACUACAAGGCCAGCCCUCCUCUAAGCUACAGCUCCCACAGGGCCAGUCCACUGGAGGACUACUUUCCCCAUCCAACAGGCCAGAACUAUAAAAUCCAUAGAGCCUUGUCCCCUGCCUCCCCCGAUGUCAUUGAAGUGCAUUCCAAUAAGUCUGAGGGAAAAGAUUUUGACGACGGCGACGGAGAUGAUGAGCAGGAUGACGAUGACAGUGUUUCACAGCGUUCGCCGGUGACAGACGACUCUGAGAUGUUUGACAUGACACGAGGGAACCUGGGACUGCUGGAGCAAGCCAUUGCACUGAAGGCAGAGCAGGUGAAGCCUGCUGGUCCCAGGGAGCUGCUCCGUGUCCCAGAUAUCCACCACCAGCGAUACUUCACCGUGGAUGACAGGCCCAAGCACCUGGACAUCAUACGCAAGAGCUACUUCAGCAAAGAGAGCAGUAGGCCUGAGAAGAGGGAGGUCAAAUGUCCUACCCCUGGCUGUGAUGGGACGGGUCAUGUGACCGGUCUUUACCCGCACCACCGCAGCCUGUCAGGCUGUCCGCACAAGGACAGGAUUCCCCCGGAGAUUUUGGCCAUGCAUGAGAAUGUGCUGAAGUGUCCAACUCCUGGUUGUACCGGUCAAGGCCAUGUUAACAGCAACCGCAACACACACCGCAGCCUUUCUGGCUGCCCGAUUGCAGCUGCAGAAAAACUGUCCAAGAACCAUGAUAAGCAGCACCUCUCUCAGCCAGGCAAUGAGCACCUCAAAGGAAGCCCCAUUGACAGAGUUUUAAGGCCCAUGUGCUUUGUCAAGCAGCUGGAGGUGCCGCAGUAUGGUAACUACAGGCCCAGCAUUGCACCUGCCACGCCUCGUGCUAACCUGGCCAAGGAGUUAGAAAAGUAUUCCAAGGUGUCCUUCGAUUAUGCAAGCUUUGAUGCGCAAGUGUUUGGAAAGCGUGUGCUUGCUCCAAAGAUGCCCACCAGCGAAACCUCACCCAAAGCCUUCAAAACAGCUAAGCCCUCAUUCCCCAAGUCGCCAUCACCCAGCCUGAGUCUCCACGGGUACGGAAAGAGCUCUGCUUAUGACUACUCCCAUGAUGCAGAAGCUGCUCACAUGGCUGCCACUGCUAUCCUCAACUUGUCUACACGCUGCUGGGAAAAACCUGAAAACCUCAGCAUUAAGCCUCCAAAUAAGGAAAUGGACAUUGAGGUGGAUGAGAAUGGCACUCUGGACCUGAGUAUGAAGAAACCCAUCAAACGAGAGGGCAGUCUGUCCGGCACCAGUCCUGGGGUUCGGUCCCCAGACCCUUCUUCAUCCUCAUCUUCCUCGCUUCAUCAUGGUGGAAAUAGUGGGAUGACAUCACCAACUCUUGGUCACACCUAUAAGCAAGAAGAAUGGGAGGGGCCUCUGGAUUUCACUAAACCCAACCGCCAAAGGGAGGAGGAAAUGGACGAGAUGGAGCAUGGCAGCCAGUUUGUCUCGUCCGACCUAGAGGACUGUGACAUGAUGCAGGACUGUCUGGAGGAGAGGAAGUACCCAGGAGAGGUCACAACCCCAAGCUUCAAGGUCAAGUUCCAGCCCAAAGAUGGCAAGAAAGAACUGCUUUCGUGUCCCACACCUGGUUGUGAUGGCAGUGGCCACAUCACUGGAAACUAUGCGUCACAUCGCAGUCUAUCUGGGUGUCCUCUCGCUGAUAAGAGCCUUCGGUCCCUCAUGGCGGCCCACACGCCUGAACUCAAAUGUCCUACUCCAGGAUGUGACGGCUCGGGUCAUAUCACAGGAAACUAUGCCUCCCACAGAAGUCUCUCUGGGUGCCCACGUGCCAAGAAAAGCGGAAUUAAAACUCCUACCAAGGACAACCAGGAGGACUCGGAGCUUUUAAAGUGUCCAGUUCCUGGCUGCGACAGUCUAGGACACAUCAGUGGAAAAUAUGCCACGCACCGCAGCGCCUACGGGUGUCCGCUGGCAGCCCGCAGACAAAAGGAGGGCCUCCUGAAUGGUACGCCCUUCAACUGGAAGGCCUUCAAGACAGAAGGGCCGACCUGUCCCACCCCAGGAUGUGACGGCUCCGGACACGCCAAUGGAAGCUUCCUCACGCACCGCAGUCUCUCAGGAUGCCCCAGAGCCUUGUAUGUCAAGAAAAAGGCCAAGUUCCCAUCAGAAGAUUACCUGAGCACCAAGUUCAGAGCUGGUGAUGUUCUGGACAAUGAUGAGGACAUCAAGCAGCUCAACAAAGAGAUUAGUGACCUCAAUGAGUCCAACAAUGAAAUGGAGGCUGACAUGGUCAACCUGCAGACUCAGAUCUCAUCAAUGGAGAAGAACCUGAAGAGCAUCGAGCAUGAGAACAAGAUGAUCGAAGAGCAGAACGAGGCUCUGUUCAUGGAGUUGUCCGGUCUCAGCCGUGCCCUGAUCCGCAGCCUAGCCAAUAUUCGCCUGCCACAUAUGGUGACCAUCACUGAGCAGAACUUUGACAGCUACGUGAGCACCUUGACUGACUGUACACCAACAAGACUGCUUCCAGAGCCCCGAGAACAGGCUCUGCUGGAGAGCAUCAACAAGCUGUGAAGGGCAAUCAAGUCUGAGGCUCGUUUCAGUGAGGACAACCGUCCCCCAAGCACAGAAGCUAACAUAUGAAGAGAUAAAGGAACGCAGAGAUUGGGGAAAAGAUGUUGAAAUGCAUUUCAACAUACUGAAAUAUUCAAAAACAAAAGGGAAUCCAGGUUAUUUAAAUAAAUGACUAAAUAAACCCGGGAGCACUGUUGGAAGAUGAUGAACGUGAUGAGACCAAAAUCCACACAUGAUGCUGCUUGGAUUGGAAAUACAAGGAGAAAAAGCAGAACCAAAUCCUCCAGUCAAAAUGGAUAGAAAAGAAGAAUCAUGGUAGAUACACUGUAAGUGGGGAUUUUAACGUGCUGUAUGGUUUACCUGUUGUCUCUCCUGUGUCAGACGCUUUCAGAGAGGGGUCACUGUUGUACGGUUUAUGCGUAAGAUGCGGAAGGACACAACAGAGGUUGCUUUCUAGAACAGAGCUUCAUCACAUGAUGAGAUGAUCCCGGAGAAGUGAAACUCUCAGAGUUGUCCUCUGUGGCUGAGUGUGGGUUGACAAGCUCCACGCCUUUCUCAUACUACCGCACACAAACAGCAAUAUGAAGCACGCACAAAAUCCUGCAUUUGCUUCAUGUCAAGAUAUCGACAAAGCACCGUUCUUUAAUCAAGGACAGCUUCAGGAGCACUGGAGGCUGUACAGUGCUGGUUUUUAAAGGACAAGUUAAAUCAAUUUUUCUUUUCUUUUUUUAAUUGAAAUCUAAUCGUAAUAGUAUGCACACAUUUUCAAUUUGGUUAGUCAUAUCAAUAGUAUUUAUCAGCCUAGGAAUUGCACUUCAUUUCAAUGACUAGUUUUGUGGUGCGAUAAUUAUUGUUAUAUAUAAUUAUUUAAAUUUGUGAAAUUUUAAAUUGUAACUUAUUGCCAUUUAUGUUAUUGAGGUUUAUUUAUUUGAAGCAAUCUAUUUAUUAUUGUUUUGUAACACACAUACACACACAAAAAAUAGCAUCUUGCUGAUUAUUAUGGUCAAAGUGAUUGCAGAUGUCUUACGUCAAUAUUUGAAAAACCUAUAAUAGAUAAAUGACAAGGCAUAUUUUGUUUUGAACUGCUUUUAAAAACAUUUUAAGUGCAGAUGUUUUAUAACUGACAAAAAAAUUUUUGAUAAUUUUACAACAAGUUAUUUUUUGUUGUUAUUGUUAUUUUUAUCUCACUUUAUGUUCAUUCUGUUACUAGUACAUUCAGAAGCCCUCUGCUGAAAAAGAAAGUAUGUAUUUAUUAUUUAUUUAAUAUGAAAGAAAUUGACUGAUAUGGCUGUAUAUUUAUUUUGUUAUUUAUAUGUUUGUAAUGGUGACGGUUGAGUCCUGAGUAGUCUUAAAAACCCAUUGCUAAGAUUUAAAUAAAGAAACAAAACCAAUACAAAACUGUUUGAUUACUUAGGCUUACUUAGCCAUACCAGCAUCUGAUUGUAAAAAUGAAAAAGACCCAACAAAUCCAGUCAUUGUCCUAUUGCAAUCUGGUCUCUGUGUGUUUGCUUUUGUCAGAUGAAAGAAAAAUAAGAAAAGAUACAUUUAAAAAAAUGUUACCUCUCCCAAGCGCAUUGUAGCAGCCAACACUGGCUCACCCAAAA